AUGCCCCGCGCUGUCCGAGGAGUCCUGAUCGAAUGCGAUCCGUCCGUGAAAGCGAUUAUCCUGAAAUACGAUGAAGAGCGACACGACUAUAUUGUCGAGGAUCUCGACGACGAUCGGCAUUUGGUCAUCAAGGAGAGUCAGUUGCAGAAUCUGAAGAUUAGACUGGGGAGGGAACUUGACGAGAAGGUUAUGCAGCCGGAGGAGUCGGAGUCGGAGUAG